AUGCAUUAAUCUCGUAAAUAAUGUUAAAUUUGUCAAAUGACUAGAGAUAAUACUUAUUAGAAUCCUAAUUGCAAACAUAGUUACUGUUUGAGCUGUUGCUAAAACAACAAAAUCACAAGGUUUUGUGAAGUUAAAGACUGUAAUGCUUAAAUCAAUCUGUCGAAAGUGGUAUAAUACUUCGAUGAAGGUAUGACAGCUCUUCUAUGAAAAGUUAAUAGGAACUAGAUGUAAGGACUUACAGGAAAGUAAUAUAAUAAUAGUUCUGAAAUCAGUGUAUCAUCUAUCAGCAAAUCAUCUAUUAAUAAAUCCAAAUAAUAUGCAUCUCCAAACGAAUCGAUCUAUGAUUCGCAACAACUAUACUCCAAGCACCCUAAGACGGACUUGUCUGCUACUCUUAAUUACUGUGCCCUUUGUCUCUUCUACAUGAGAGAUGAUUUAUUGAAACAAUAAUUGCAAGUCAAUAAAAACAAUCUUUAUUUGGAUUGCCAAUUGCACGCUAUUUGUGUCCGUUGUGUUAGUUAUUUUAUUACCCAUAAUAAAAGCAAACAAUAUUAUUGUGAGAUAUGCACACGACUUAUAAAAUGA